CCACCCGCAAACACAGGCGUCCUUUGCCGGGAAGGGGGUGGUGCCCCGCCGGCUGUGACAGGGCUCGCCGGGCAGCGGGGACCGGGCUCACCCGGCGUGAGGGCGCCGGGGGAUGCUCCCGCCACGGGCUCCUUCCCGAGCGAGGGGCCCCGCGCCGCCCCUGCCGGAGCCCCUCAGGGCCGCGACCGCUCCCGCGGUGGCGGCGCUGGGAAAGCCCUCAGCCGGCAGCGGAAAAAGGCGAAAGAAGGGAGCGGCACCGCCCGCCGCACUCACCCUCCUCGCGUGGCUCGGCCGCGGCUCCGCGGGGCGGGGAGAACCGGGGCCAGCGCCUGUUUCAGGCGUCAUCGGGCAGCGCCACCGCCCCACGGGGUCGCGAUGGCGCUUGGCCGGCUCGGGCCGGCGCUCGCCCUCCCGCUGCUGCUGCCGCGGCGGCCGGAGGGCAGCGGGUCAGCGGCGGCGGGGAGCCCGCAGCCCCCCGGGGCCGUGGUGCGCGUCCCCUGGGCCCUGCGGCAGCGCCUGCAGCGGGGCGCGCAGCGCCGGCGGCGCGAGCAGAGGGAGGCGGCGGCGCCGCGUUCCGGGAAGCUGCUGCUGAGGAGCCGGCGGCCGGAGCUGAGCCAGCCCCGCUGGCAGACGGUGGGGCGCUGGGAGCAGCCGCCGCUGGUGUCGGCGGGCUGGAAGCACCGGAAGGCGUACGGGGAUUACUUCCAGCUCGAGCCCUCGCAGGAGGCGGCUCCCGCUUUGCAGGCGCCGCCGGCUGAGGCGGGACAGGGCCCGACCUUCGCCGAGCUGGGGCUGCAGCCGGCGCUGCUGGCCGGCCUGGAGCGGCUCUCCAUCAGCCGGCCCACGGCCGUGCAGCGCCUCGCCAUCCCCGCGCUGCGCCGCGGCCGCAGCGCGCUGUGCGCCGCCGAGACGGGCAGCGGGAAGACUCUGGCGUACCUGCUGCCGCUGCUCGAGCGCCUGCUCGGCCGCCCCGAGGCGGCGGCGGCGGAGGCCGGGCUGCGGAGGCAGCUGCGGGCGCCGCCGCCGGGCCCCGCCGUGCUGCUGGGCACCCCCGGCGCGCUGCGGGAGGCGCUGCGGCGCCGCUUCCUGGCCCUGGAGAGGCUGCGCUGGAUGGUGCUGGACGAGGCGGACUCGCUGAUGGACGAGUCCUUCAUGGAGCUGCUGGAGGAGGUCCUGGCACACGCGCCGCUGGCCGCCGGCGCUCCCGGGCCAGCCGGUCCCGACGAGGAGAGGACGCAGGUGGUGGUGGUCGGAGCCACCUUCCCCGCGGGGCUCAGCGAGACGCUGGCGAAGUUCACUGACGUGGACCGGUUCGUCACCCUCAGCACCCAGAGCCUGCACCGCCUGCCGCCUCACGUCCAGCAGAAGUUUGUCCGCCUCAAAGGCCGGGACAAGCUGCCCGAGCUGCUGCAGCUGCUCAAGGAGCGCCCAUCAUCUGGCGGGGCUGUUCUCAUCUUCUGCAACAGUGCCAGCACUGUCAACUGGCUGGGCUAUAUCCUGGACGACCACAAAAUCAAGCACCUGAGGCUGCAGGGGCAGAUGUCAGCGGCUGCUAGAGCUGGCAUCUUUGCCUCUUUCCAGAAGGGUGACGUGUCUGUCCUCGUCUGCACUGACCUUGCCUCGCGUGGGCUGGACACCAGCAGUGUGCAGCUGGUGGUCAACUAUGACUUCCCAGACACCCUGCAGGACUACCUGCACCGGGCCGGGAGAGUUGGCCGGGUUGGGAGCAAGGCACCUGGAGCUGUGGUUAGUUUUGUCACCCAUCGGUGGGACGUGGACCUGGUACGGAAAAUAGAGACUGCAGCCCGGAAAAGGACAGGUCUCCCAGGAAUGGACUCUAUUAAUAAACCUUCACCUAAAGGAGGCUGAUUCAAUAUGCCAGGCAUUCUCUGGUAGGGGCUUACCUUGAGGCCAUUAAGGCAGAGUGAAUGAGCUGCUGUGUGUAAGGCAGAUGGAAAGAAUAGAGCUGAGUUUCAGAACCAGGUGAUCAGGUUAGCUUUGUGCACUAUUCUGGAAGCUGCAGUAUUCAUUUGCAAAGUCAUCACAACAUGUGGGUUUCCCAAAGUAAGCUAGUAAGUGAGUAACAGAAUGCUUUUGGAGAAUAUUGAGGAAUUACUUCAUCAGUUGAUUUGGUUUACUUAUUUUGAGACAUAAUUUAAAUUCAAUUCCAAAUUAAAGUAUGUUUGUAUGAUAUGCCAUUCUAUUGCAUUUCAUUACUGCCCACCACCAUCAGCUGACAUUCGUUAUUAAAACUGAAAAAUUGCUACUGUGGCAGGAGAAAAAACCUGUCCAGUUACAGACACAAAGGACUAAAGGACAAAGGAUACUUGAUCUUGUGAUUGUAGCAGUUCAUUUAGAGAAUUCUAGACCAGAUACCUGUAAAGUCCAGUGGGAAUGAGAAGACACAAUAAGGCUUGAGGCUCUUUCAAGGCCUUAAUUUGUUAUUUUAUGGUUACCUUUCACUGAGAAAUGGGAUCUUGCUCCUUCAUGUUAUAUUAAAUAAAAAGCCCUAAAGUGUUUCCUUUACAUUUUUUUCUGCUUAUUGUAGUGACAUGUAUGGUUUCUGAACUGACUGUAAAAAAACCCCAACCCCAGCACACUGAAAGAUGUCUUCUGUUAAAUAAAAGAAGUGUGUUGACUCAC